AUGGCUGACAUUUGCAAUAGUCAGCAAUGAAAAGUUGAUGUCGUGGUAUGCAAUGCUGCUGUGCUCACCUUUGCUCUCUUCAAGGACUUGACAGUAGAUGAGAUCCGCCAAUCAUUGGAUGUCAACGUGUUAGGCACUAUAAAUGUGAGUUUUCACAUCUUAAAGUCACAGUUCACGACAUUUAGCUUGCAUACUAUGUACAGAAAAGAAGUGUGA